CCCACAUUCCGGUUUGUUCGAGAGUCAGUCGUCCCUCUUCUAUCCCAACUACAGUGUACAUAAAGAAUGAAUUUGGGAACAUUCGUUAAACUCGGCUACAUCAUGCUGAUUGUUACACUAAUUUUGAUGUUCUGGUCUGCGAUGGUCAGAAUGCACGAAAUCCAGGUGCAAUAUCCGCCGUGUUUUUUUAACCCGCUCUGCACCUGUUCCAAAGCGAUUCCUGAUCUAGGCAUCGUAUCUUGUCACAACGUGCCAAUGCCUCGAAUCCCUCAACCCAUUAACUCUUCAAAAGUGUUUAUACUCAAACUAGAAAACAAUGGAUUGCACUUUUUGCAACCACAAUUUUUAAUUCAUACGGGUCUAUACAAACUCCAGAUCAAGCACAAUCUUUUGUCAGAUAUACCAGAUGAUGCAUUUGUGGGGCUUGAGAGAUCAUUAUGGGAGCUAGAGUUGCCAUAUAAUCACCUAAUUCACGUGCCUAGCAGAUCUUUUAGACAUUUGCAAAGAUUACGACAGCUGGAUUUAACAGGCAAUCGGAUAUCUGAAAUAACACCUGAUAAUUGGCGAGGUCUCAACACGUCGCUUCAAACCCUUAGACUGGGCAAAAAUUUCAUAGACAGACUUCCAGCGAAUGCAUUCAGUGGCCUGUCGGCCUUGGAAGUUUUAGAUCUUCAUGGAAAUAGCCUGUUAGAAAUUGAUGCAACGGUGUUCAAAGAUGGAAUUGAUUUUCUCACGCACCUUUAUCUGAAUGAUAAUCAACUGAAUAAUGUGCCGUAUGCACAGCUCUCCACCUUAAAACACUUGCGAUACUUGGAUCUUAGUCACAAUAGAAUAUCAAGGAUGUUAAAUCCACAGAUUGAAAAUGAGAUUCGUGGGAUGCAAAUGUCUUUGGAUGAACUACGCUUGGAUUACAAUCAAAUUAACAACCUUCUACCAGGCGCGUUUCAGCAUUUUCGUAGAGUUAACAAAACGUACCUUGACGGUAAUCCACUCACUAUCAUACAGGAAGGAGCGUUCAAAGAUUCAAAAAUGCGUGAACUCUACUUAGGCGAUUGUGAUCUGAUGGAGGUAUCGAGUCCUGUCUUCAUGGGAUUAGAACCUUCUUUAGAACUACUUGAUUUAACUGGAAACAACAUUACGGAACUUCCUGUUCACUUGUUCAGAGAUUUUGACUAUCUGAGAACCUUUAUGUUCAGGGAAAACAAAGUUGAUGCACUUACGCAAGGUGAAGAUUUCAACGAUUUUCAAUAUUCGUUAUACAACUUGGAUUUAAGCGGCAAGAAAAAUCGCAUAAUAUCUUUACAAAGUUUGAAGGAAAUGAGAAAUCUACGCUUCAUAUCUUUGUCCCGAAUGCCUAAGUCUACAUUGUCACCGGAAGACUUCUUAGACUUUGGAAUGGAUUUAAAAGAACUCAGAAUAAUUCAAAGCAAUUUGGAUACAAUCAAAAAUCAUGCGUUUAAGCAUGUUCGAGGAAUAAAAUAUCUCGAUUUUUCGGAAAACUCAAUUUUGACUAUUGAGGAUGACGCAUUUGCCGAAGUAGGGCAUUCGCUUCUAACGCUCCAAAUUUCACAUGGCCUCUCUUCGUCGGUUACAAAUCUUCCAGCAAACCCACUGAAAUCUUUGACGAACCUACAGCACCUUGAUUUUAGCAAUAAUAGAAUACAAAAUAUGCCUGAAACAGCUUUUCAUUUCUUGAAAAGAAUUAGGCGUAUUGAUUUGCAAGAUAAUACAAUACAAAGUAUACAAAAGGGUACAUUCCAGGGUGACAUUCAUUCUAUCCUUGAUGAAAUAAACUUGGCGUUCAAUGAAAUCAAAUUCAUCGGCAGUAACAGUUUCGUAGAUCUACCUUCCCUGACAUUUCUAAAUUUACAAGAUAAUUCCAUUGAUAAAAUUGAACGGCGGGCAUUCAUUAAUAUGAACCGAUUGAAAUACAUCAAUCUUCGGGGUAACAAAAUCAAGGAUAUAACAGAUGAAGCAUUUCAGAACUUGCCUGAUCUUGAAUUAAUGGAUUUGGCUUACAACCAAUUACAUGAACUAGAUUUCAUGUCUUUUGAUCAAGUAGGGACGCUAUCGUCGUUCAAAGUGAAUGCUAGCUACAAUAAAAUUCAAAAACUGUGGAUCAACAGUACGACUUUCACACCACAAACUAAUAUCGGAGGAAUUAUACAAUCGAACAUAAAAGUUCUCGAUUUGAGUCACAACAACAUCUCUGACAUAAUGAGGUACUAUUUCAGACCCGUUGAAUUUUCACUCACGCAUCUAUACCUGAGUCAUAACAAAUUACUAAAUGUUACUCAGCAUGUCUUUGGAAAUAUGCCACACCUUCAAUGGCUCGAUUUAAAUUUUAAUGACUUGAUGGACAUAAACUUCGACUGCUUCAAAAAUACAAGAAACCUCCAGAUUCUACUGAUGGCUUGGAACGAGAUCACCGAGAUUCCUGUGGAAUCGUUUCGAUCCCUAAAGAAAUUGCGCAUAGUAGAUUUGUCACACAAUAAAUUGCGAGCAUUGCCAGAUAAUUUAUUCACCGAAGGAAACCUAGAGAGUUUAGAUUUGUCUCACAAUCAAUUCAUGCGACUCCCAAUGAAGAGUAUGUCUCCGUCUGCUGCUGCAUCCUUGUCCAAACUCGAUAUGUCGUGGAACGUAUUAGCUGGACUGCACAAUACCGAUGCUAUAUUCAGAUUUAGGGAUAUGACUUGGUUGGAUUUAUCAUACAACAGGCUAGUGAGGCUUGAUGAUGGAGUAUUCUCAGAGUUGGCCAUGUUAUCUUACCUCGAUUUGAGUCAUAAUAAAGAAAUAAUUUUGGAAUCUCAUGGCAAAAGUUUUCACGGUUUAGAAGACACGUUACUGACUCUUGGACUUAGUAACAUGUCCCUGUACAUGGUUCCAGAACUGCCGCUUCGUCGUUUGAGGACACUGUAUUUGGCACAUAACAAACUUUCAUCUAUACAGUCAGAUAUGGCUGCCAACAUGACGUCGCUCCGCCACUUGGAUCUUAGUUACAACGAACUGUCUACUGUCCCACUGAUAACUCACACACUUCCUGAGCUUAGGUCUCUAAAUCUUGCUGGAAAUCCUAUCACUAGCAUUACGAAUACAAGUUUCUUGGGUCUCGCCGAUAGCCUUGAAGAGCUUGAAAUCCGAAGACUACCUCUCGAUGUGUUUGAAGCAGGAGCAUUGUGUAAAGCAUCCAAACUUCGCAACUUACACAUAACAGUGUUUAAGAAAGUGAAGAAUUUUAAUUUACCUAACAUAUUAAAUUACAAUCAUGGUCUUCGAAGUUUACAUGUUGAGGUUGAUCACGACAUUAACUUAGAAAAAGAAAUGAGGGGCACAUUCCCAGCCAAGCUGUACAAUAUGACUCUUAGCGGUAAAGCUCUGACAACGAUACAUAAGGAUAUAUUUCAGGGUAUUCGAAACUCACAACUACACUUUACACUACAUAAUACAAGCGUCAAAAUAGUCCCUCGUGAAUUAUUCACUAACACAGGGAGUGUAAGAAACAUAUCAAUUGAUUUCCAUAAUAAUCAUAUUGGAUCUAUCGGAAACCCAUCGUCUGGCCAUAAACCGGGUAUACCAGGAAAAACUUUCCUCACAAAGCUUAGAUUAUCUGGAAGUCAUCUGAAUUGUGAUUGUGAAAUUGGGUGGAUCGAGAUGUGGCAGCGAAAGCAGAGGCAAUAUUACGAAGAUGAGUGCGGCACAUAUACUGAUCAUAUUUCUGAACCUGACGAAAAUGACAAAUAUAAUUGCUGGGAUAAUGGUUGGGACGACGAUCUUCGUGAGACGUUUUGCCUGAAUAAAAAUAAUAUCUCUCUCCUGGAAGCACUCAAAACUGAUCUUGAAUGUGGCUGGGGAUCAGCUAAUGCACCAAUUUUAACUAAUGCCGUAGUGGUCUUUUCAAUCCUUAUGGUGAAUGUGUUCUGAAUUCUAAAUCUUAAUAGAUUAUUUUAAUGCACUAACAUCAUGAUAGACAGUAAUCGUAUUAGCAAAACUUUACACUUCAGACCCACUCCGAUGAGAACCAUUAUUCAUUUCCAUUUAAAAAAUCAAACAAUACCCAGUACCAAUAAUCAACUAACAGCAUUUUGGACAGUGAAACCAAAUCAUUCAUGUAUUAUAAUAAUGAUCUAAAAUAAAUAUGUCGUGCGUAAAAAUUAGAUCUAGACAUUGAUAUUGUAUCGGACUAAACAAAUUUUUAUUAGCGGACAAACGAUUUAAUUUUAACUUAUAAUUUACCUCCAAACGAUUUUGAAAUAAUGCGUGAAAUAUGCGUACUGCUCGGUAAUCAAACAUAUAUAUUAUAAAAACAAAAAAAAACCC